CGCUCAUUCACUUCAGUCUACAGACGACUGCGGCGACGUACGCACGUGUCACUCUGCUCGCCUCCGAUGUUAGUUUACGAUUACGACAUCGCGUUUCAAGUGGGACUUUUGCCGUGACAGUGAAAAUUAUUUUUUCUAAUAUGGGUUAAACUUACGCUUCGACGAUAUGAGUCCGGGUGAGCGCGCCGCCCUCGGGCGUCGCGAACACCCUCGCCCUCACUACGCUGCCACCGCACCGGGAUUUCCGCCACCAUAUUACCCACCUUAUGGAAUGCCACAUCCAAACGCUUGGCUGGGAGCUCCCCUCAUAUCCAUGGCAGGGCGCAUGCAACAGCAGAGGAAUACGCCUGUGUCAAAGCUUGCCAUGCACGCUCAAGGCGCACCCCUUAUCAUACAAAAUAGACACGAUCGACGAAAGUUCACAACCGUCCCCGAGCAACGUAACCAUCGACCCAACGGGCUCACUGAACAUAUUACUAGAGACAAUUGUGAAGUGUCCGAAGGAUCUAGGCCGCGAAAUCAACAACAGCAGUCGCGUUCUAAUCGAAAUGGACGCAACAAUAACACGGACGCGGUCAGCGUCGCCAGCGAUGAAAGUUCCGGCUCGACAAAUUCUGAAACCAUGUUGCCACGGAUAAUUAAACCUAGAAAACGGCGUAAAAAAGACAGAAAACCGAAUAACAUAGUCCCGCACGAUAUCUCCAAUGCCGGACUAGAACUGGGUGAAGUUGAUCAUUGCACUGUUACAAAUAUGGGAUCCGCGUCGCACUACGAGGAAUCUUAUUGCCGAGAGGUGUCAUUACCGUAUCGUUUAGACGUGAAAGUACUUGAUUACCCGGAUCCAGUGCCCGAGACUUAUAGAGUGACUGCGUUAGGUGAGGCAUUAGAGGCUACUCGUUUUGGCUUAACGGAGGCCGUUUCACCCUCCGAAUCUGCCGUGAGUUCUUGUCAGUGUCGUUAUUGUGACCCCGUGGGGCAAAUUUGGGACGCUGACUCUAUUGCGCAUUUUUUGGACGAAAAUUCUAGUGGCGACUUUCCUCCUACAAAAUUAGAGGAAUCGAUGAAAGUUGUUGGGCCACUCGGAAGAAGAGGUGCAGAUACUAUGUUGCGGCGCAGUUGGAGCGAUCCAUCCGCGAGAAUGCCAGAAAAAAGAGAAAUGAAUAAUAACGACACAUUAUCGGCCCCUAAUUUAUAUUCAUUAUUUCCACCGGCUAGAAGAACUAGUUCCCCAGAACCACGAUCACCGCUCGCUUUGGAAAUAUCGUCCGAAAUCGUCACGUCGAUGAAUGGACAUCGUGACCUGGAAAUCAAAUUAUUUUCGACCUCGCCCACGGCGACGAACACGGAGCGCCGUUCGUUUUUCGGCGAUAAAAGUGGAAGUGUUAACAGAUGUACGAUUAAAGAUAACGAAACAAAAUUAAACAGUGCGGUGUACAGUGACAGAAUCGUAUCUAGUGCGAACAGCAUAAAGAGUGAGAAUGUGGAUUCGGGGUGUUCGUCGGCCUACGUUACCGGCGAGGCCUCUCGCAACAUUUGUGAUUUAGCCUUAGUUUCUGCCUGAACUCCUUGUGAUCUUUGUAUAAAUAAUGUUAAUUGGAUGCGUGCUUGUAAGUCCAGAGGGCUCUACGCUCGCCAUUUGAGCUGGACUCAAAUCGUCACAGCGAGAGGCAUGCACGGAGCGUCUCAACACGACCCGAUACAUUGAGAUCUCCGAUUCGGUUUCCUGUAGAUUUUAUAAUUAAUUUAUUUUUAACAAUAGCGUAGGAAACUGACAUGGAACUUUGUCUGGUCGCGUAUGCGUUUAGAAACUGUAUAAUAAGUGGGUAAAAAUGUUUUUUAAACGUAAAGUUUUCUAACGUUAUAGAUGCCAUGACUCGUGCGCAAUUAGCGUUCACACUACUGACACCGUUGCGCGAGUAUUGCGGUUUCCCGCGGUUUUCACCGCGCUCCGUUCCGGGCGGCGCCUCGCGCACACCGGUUCAUACGGCUAAUAACUUUUUCAUUGCUUCACGCGGCUCACUUUGCACAUAAAUGCUUUCGACGUAUAAUACAGUCAUCUCCAUUAUAUUUUCAUUUAACGCCAUUGUUUAUAUACCAUUUACUUAUUUUAAUGGAUACCGCGCACCUAUUACAUUGUUAGUCGUUUAACACGAACAAAUAAACCCUUUUAGGUUAUGAUGUCAACAUCAACCAUUAAUCCCAUAAAUAACCAUAUUUAAGUAUUGCUCAAACAUUGUUAUCACGCUUAAUAAUACACCGAUCAAUCUUAUUAAAAUUCAUAACAAUUUCAUAAACAUUUACCACGUAACAACUUUACUCUAUCAAUCUGGUCAUAAUCAUCAAUCAAGCGUUAUAGAAUAUUCAUAAGCUGCGCUACAAUUACUUGUCGCAACUAACUAAUAUUUUCAACAUUUGUGACAAAGUGUACGGUGGAGAUAAGGCGUUAGUUAAUACAUGAUACGUUUUUUUUCUUUACACGUCUCGUUAUCAGUAUUUGUUAAAUAAACAUGUAGGUUAUUCACUCCAGUAUUUCCGAUUACGAUAAAUAUUUCUAUUAACAAAUACUUAUACGAUUAUUUAUUUAGUUUCUACGUAUCAUUACCAUUCGAUGUAAGCUUACUUUGAGUCACUGCAUUUAUAAACAACCGAUUAAAGAGUUCGUUUUUAUAUGUUGACUUUUCUCUUGUGGGUCCAAUGCUUUAAUGCACGCCAGACGAAGUUCCAUAAUAAUGUAGAUAAUGUGAAUAUAACUAAGUUAUACAUGAAUUGUACCCCGUACUAUCGUUGGGUUUUACGCUCCAUGGGACGUUGUUCUUACAUUUUUAUUUUAGCAUUGCGUUGUUUGCUUAUUGCUUCGCGCGUGCGUGGGAUUACAUGAUAUAUCUUUUCUUUAUUUUUUCUUUACGAUAGGCUCGACGUAGACGAGAAGUUAUAGCAGUUUGUUAUCUAUAAAAAUUCUAACCUUAAUGCAUAUUAGUGAGAAUGCGUCUUUGAUUUAUUUACGACUAGCAUUAUCUCUUAAUAAACCGGUCUCUAGUAGACUGUUGGCUCGUUUUCGAGCUCGAAAUCCGAGUGCUUUUAUUUCUUCGUCGAAACUUUGUUACGAUUUGAAUAUUUUAUACGUGAAAAAUUGCUUAUAUCGACGUCGAGCCUUCAUUUUGUGGGAUCAAGGAGGCGAACGAAAUUCGCAGUUGUAAAACUCAGCGAUACAUGCAGUGUAAUUUUAAAAACAUAGGCUAUGUUUAACUUACUGAGUGAAUGCAUUUUAUACAUAAAAUUAUAUAGGUUUACAAUUUUGUUUGUGUACGUCGUGAAGCACGAGUUACACGCUUGCACACUAUUUUUGUACAAUAAAAACCAUCAUGCCCUGA